GAUUAUAGUUAUCGUAUUGUCAUCAUUUUUCACGAUAUAGUAUUUGAUACCUAUUUUACGGGUCAAUCCGAUUUUAUAUGCUAUAGAAUCUACCGUUUGGAAAUUUAACCGCAGACAAGAUGGCAGUCGUUGGAAUGAAGUAUAGUUUAAUUCCAAGGGAAAACAGAGUUGCAAUCUAUGAGUAUCUUAUAAAAGAGGGCGUUUUGGUUGUACAGAAAAAUCCUAAGAUCCCUUCUCAUCCCGAGAUUAGUGUUCCAAAUCUUCAUGUUUUAAUGACCAUGAGAUCUCUAAAAUCCAAGAACUAUGUGGAGGAGAACUGCAAUUGGCAACAUCUUUACUUCACGUUGACAGAUCAGGGCAUCGAGUUCUUGCGCACUUACCUACACCUACCCCCUACGGUGUUCCCUGCCACUCUCACAAAGAGACAGAACACACGGGCUAACCUCAGAGACGAUUAGGUAAUCGGCUUACGAGAUAGAAAAUAAGUAGCUGAC